AACCAGUAGAGAGUCGGUAGUGAUCGGCACCACCUCGUACCCCUCGGGCCGACGCUCGGCCGAAUGCGCCCGAAUGGUUGCCGAAUCAAAACCAAAACGGCCUAACCGUGCCAUGAUGCGAUGCAUGAACGCGAUGACCACCAUCUUAGUCCCAGGCUCACCCCUGGUGGAGACAGAGUCCAAUCCUUUCAUCUCCCAACACGAGGGGGAAGACGUCACCCUGACUUGCAAGGUGAAGGACAAAGGGGACCACACGGUGUCAUGGAUGCUGAGUGGAUCCAAGCCUAAACCCCUCUUUCACGGGACCAUGCGAGUCCACCUGGACAAACGCUACCGGAUCGAGUCAGACGGCAACAGUACGUAUAACCUCAAGAUAAGCCGUAUAACGCGGUACGACGAGGGCAAGUACCUGUGCCAGGUGAACACCAUGCCGCAGCCUACCUCAGUCAACAUCACGCUGCAGGUUGUCGUCGCGCCGGAAAUAGUGGGGAUCCUCCCACAGCCGGGAGCCACGCCCACCAUCGAGAAGAACAACAGCAACCGAUUUGCCUACAACGAAUCCGAUGACGUUAUGCUGACGUGUCUGGCCGAGGGAUCACCAUUACCACGGAUCACAUGGCGACUAAUGGUAAACACCAGUUUCUACCCAGUGGUAUCUACCAACGCCACCUUGAACAUACCCAACAUACAACGGGACCAGGCUGGGGUCUUCACGUGUACAGCGGAGAACGGCUACCGUGACACGCCUAAAGAACGCUGGAUAACCGUCAUUGUGCAGUUCAAGCCAGAAGUCACUGCGGACGAGAGAGAUAUACGGUGCGGCCAGGGCGACUAUCGCCAGCUACGGUGCCAGGUCAGGUCCCAACCCCCAGCGAUAUACACGUGGACAAAGGACAACCAGAUUCUCACGGGAAGAGACAUCUCCAAAAGAUCCCAGAUGCUUUUUGUGCUUGUGAGUGUCAAUCCAGAGACAGACUACGGUGUGUACCGAUGUCAAGCUACAAACAUACUAGGAACCACAGAAGAUGUGAUUGAAGUUAGUGGCCGUCUUCGCCCGCCCAAUAUUGUGAGCAAUCCGAUCGGAAUACGUCGCCACUCCUACAAGUUAGUUUGGACCAUGGGGAGCCGCAUGCAGCAGUUACAGGGCACGGCUGGAUACACCCCCAUUGAUGGCUACACGAUGUCUUACUAUGGAUGGUGGUUCCAGGAGAAAGAGACGGGUGGGGUCGAGAAGGUCAACUCCCACAGUCCCGACUCUCCACUCGAGGUGGACAUCCCCCAUGACCCGGAACUAGGUCGUCAAUUCUACGUUCUACGUGACCUCAGGGCAAAUGUCACGUACGAGGUCACCCUCAGGGGCUACAACGGAUACGGCGACGGGGACAAUGUAACGUUCACAUUUUACACAUCCCUGGUGAACUCGUGGGUUACAACAACGGCUGCGCCAAAGAAAACAAUAGCCUCAAAGGGCAUUGUGAAGAAGUGGAAGAAUGCUGGACCGUCAGUGCACUGCGCACGCGCAGAUACAAUCCUCUUCGUUGUGUCACUGUGGAUAAUAGUUCAAUAUUUGUAGUAAAUCGUAAAUUGCUUUUCAGGGAUCGAUCAAAAUAAUAUCAAGGUUUCACUGACAAACACCGUUUUGAAAACGUUGGCUUGCCUCUCUUGUUUUCUGUCUUUUUAAUUGCUAAAAACGAUGUGCUCCCAAUCACGUUCGGCAACUAUUCGCGCCCGCGUCAGAUAGAUGAGAGAAGUACUACAGGUGUACAUCAUCCGUUACAGUACUGUUCACUCACGAGGCCCCCAUUCAAUGGAAAAUACAUUGUUAGAUACUGUACAAAGCAACUGUCCCGUGACGCAUUAUCUGACCAGUAGAUAGCGCAAUGAUUUUGCCAUUGAAAGGGGCCUCCGUGAUGAUAGUGUGAACGGAUUGCUCUUCUACCCAAGUGGAUAAAAAAUGUUACAUAUAAAGGAGACUUGAUAUGAGCCUUGCUAGUAGGUCUGGCGUACUGCAGGUCAGUACUAUAUUAAGGAAAUGAGUAGGGACGCACGGUUUCGGUAGGCUUACUAGUUACCAUUGUUAGAUUUCAGACACUAUGCAUAAACUGUAGGUAGUUCUGCUAGGGCUACUCAUGAGAACCGUUGAAUCAGACGCUGUAAAGCUCCAGAUUGAAAUUCCAACAUCCGCGCGAUCAAGAUGUUUUAACCGAUCGCAUCCGUGCGGCAUGUCCGAUAUGCGUGCUCACAAGUCCGACAUGUAUUAGCCUCGACUCCAUGGGCGCGUGCGCGUUCCUUGGCUGUG